AUGACGGUGAUUGUCAUGUGCGACGGGGCGCCAGCCUCCAUCAAGGCGAUUGGGUGGGCGGCUGUUCCGGGGCAUCUGAUGCGGCAGCAUGACGGCGAACAGCUUAUUCUUUUGCACGGUUGGAGCAGGGAGGACGUGCCGCGGGUUGCAUCGUCCAGGGAGUCGCCCGAUAGGCUGGCAUCAGUUGACAUAUCGCCGGCGCAGAACCGUCUCCCGGUUUCGGAUGUCAUGAGGAACACGCUUGAGGCCAUUACCGAGAGUAAGGUCACUCGUGACUCUCUCAACUACAAAAUAGAAACAGUGGUAUUGAGUGAUCUAUUUACGCCCAUGUCGACGACACCAGCUGCCACACGUCCACAAAGCUCCAAAAAGUCGCCCUUGUCGAAAAAGGAGUUGGCGGCGCAGCAGCAGCAACAGCAGCAAGCUGCGGCAGCAUUUACAGAAGCAGAGCUGGAGGCUGCUGCACGAGUGGCGGAAAAGGAAGCGGCGCAAAGCCGAGCCAAAGCCAUUGCUUUAUACGCAAGAGAGCGGGCGCUUCACCACAAGGCCGAAGCUAUUCUGUUGGGGACGGGCAAUUCCAUGGACGGAAAGAACAUUAUUUUUGGCCUUGUCGCCAAGACGGUCUUUACUGAAAUGCGUCAAACGCACGUUUUGUGGUUUAUAAAGAACAAUGGCUGUACAAUGCGACUCAAUACCGCAUUGGUACGCUACGUUGUUGUGCUGGUUCCAGUAUCCAAUGAUGCGGGGGCGCUUGAGAGAGAUUGCCGUGUGGUGCAAUACGCAUUGGGGCGUCGAAGGGAAAGGAGCAUGGAUACUGUGAGUGCUGUUAUUGUUGUUGAGAGUACCACUCCACCAGAGGAGGUUGAGCGGUAUUCGCAGGCGUUGCGAGAUCUGCUUCAGAGAGAAACGCCGGCAACGAAUUCCCAUAUUGUUGAAGAAGUUGCUGACGAUGCUACUCCUGCUUUCGCCGUGACGGAUGCUCCAAUUGCGCUGGAGAAAAGUGGGACUGUGACUGCUGAGGGAACGCCUCACGAGGCCGCGCUGGAUGAUGGGGAGGUUUUGCCUUCUGCGGAAGAAGCGGACAUUGCAGCGAAGGAGCAGCAAUGGCCAGAGGUUUCUUUGUGCCAAUUGCGUGCCACCAAGCAGGUACCAGAGCCAACAGCAGGAAAUGCGGCGGGUCAAGUUGUAAAAUUUCUUCAGCGCUACAAGACAGACGUCGUUGUGUCCCCCUCAACUCUUGCAGAAGAACUUCAAAUGGCCUUACUUGCCGUGUCGAAACCCCAUGCUCUUCUUGUGCCAGCGGCCGAACCGGCUCCAUGUGCUGCUGCCACCAUGCCGCCCCCUGUAGUGGAACAUGAAUGUACAGAGUGA